AUGGUUGAAGUUGAAUUUGUGUUUUUGAUUAUAUAUGUGGAUAGUAGUACUGAUUCUGUUGCUUCUAUUGAUCAAGGUAGUAACACUAUUAAUGGAGGCAAGUUGUUCUACAAGUAUUGCAAACUUGUACGAAUGUUUUUGGGUAAGUGCGGGAAGGUUAUACUUUUUGAGGCUGAAAUUGAUUCUACGAGCUUGUACAAGCCUGCCAUUAUUCUUAAUGGCAAUCCCGCCGAUCUAUAUCAAGGACUGCAGCAAAGGACUGAAGCUAGGAAGGCCAAUCAACUAGGGUUCUGGAGAAAAGAAAGAAGAAUCAAACAACUGAUUAAGGUUACAAACCUCAAAGUGUUAAAUUUAAGAGGAAACAACUUCCAUGGAUUUAUACCCGAUGCAUUUCCAGAAGCUUGUGAUCUGGAGACACUUGAUCUCAGUGCAAACAGAUUAUCAGGGCAGCUACCAAGAUCUCUUGCCAAUUGUAAAGCGCUAAAGUUCUUAGACGUUGGAAUCAAUCGACUAAGUGGUACUUUCCCUUCCUGGUUAGGGAAUAUGUCACAGUUGCGUGUUCUCAUGUUGCGGUCUAACAGAUUUUAUUGUCCAUUUGGAAAUAAAGGAACGGCGUGUAACUUACCACUGUUACAGAUUAUCGACAUCUCUUCUAAUAAGUUUUCUGGUAUUCUAUCUGAAGAAUGUUUUUCAACAUGGAAGGCCAUGAUGGUUUACGGAGAAGAAUCUGAAUAUUACUAUCAGGGUCAGAUAUUGAGCUUCUCUGACAAAAUUUACCCAGACACAAUGGCCGUUAUAAACAAAGGAUUGGACAUGGAAUUGGAGAAGAUUUUAACAGCUUAUACAAUCAUUAACUUCUCAGAUAAUGAAUUUGGAGGAGAGAUACCCAAAAUAAUUGGAAAUCUUUGGUUACUCCGUGGCCUCAACUUCUCAAGAAAUGCAUUUACAGGUCCAAUCCCAUCGACUAUCGGGAACAUCACGCAACUUGAGUCAUUAGACGUCUCUCAGAACAAGUUAUCCGGAGAUAUCCCAUCCAAAUUGGCACAGUUGUCAUCGCUUGCUGUCUUGAAUCUCUCCUUCAACAAACUUGAGGGAAAGAUCCCAUCAGGCCCUCAGUUCCUAACUUUCCAAGAAAACUCGUUCGAAGGAAAUGUUGGAUUAUGUGGGCCUCCCAUGUCUAAACUCUGUGGCAAUAUCACAAGAUAA